UCUAAGUGCUGAUCUUUAUGCAUAAAAUUUUUGAGGUUAGGUUGCGCGCGUAGUGAAAAUGAGAGUGUCACUUUAUGUUUUACUUCCUUUUGUGUUUUUCACACAAACUGCGCAGUUCACUAAGGAUUUUCAAGUUGUGAAAGUUGGUGUGAUAUUUUUCAACAAUGAACUGGAGUUGGUGCGCGCUUUCGAAACGGCCAUACGUGAUAUUAAUACACUUGAGCUGGAUGUACGCUUAGAGCCAUUAAAGCAUUUUGUAAGCGAGGACGAUAGUCUUACAUUGCAGGAGUUUGCAUGCGAGUUGAUCGACAAUGGCGUCGCCGCUAUAUUUGGCCCAAGUGCGAAGGCGAGUAGUGAUAUCGUUGAGGUCAUUUGUAAUACCACGGGCAUUCCACAUUUACAGUUCGAUUGGCAUGAAGAGAACUUCUAUAUACAUGCACGUAAUCACAAGUUGACAGUUAAUGUGGCACCUGCCGAAAAUAUGCUGGCUACGGCAUUUUUAGAUAUUUUACACAUGAAACAAUUGGACUGGAAGUCCUUUACGAUCGUUUAUGAGAAUAGUCGAAGUUUGGGCCGCAUGGAACUGAUAUUCGGCUGGCGGCAAGUGCAUAAAGCUGGCAUAAAACUGUGGCGUUUCAAUCGUGGUGAUGAUUAUCGUGUACUCUGGAAACUCGUGAGUAGUACGCGUGAGAAAAAUGUCGUGUUGGAUUGCCCGGCCGAUAUAAUUACCGAAGUGCUUAACGCAUCGAUAUAUUAUAACAUGACUGGACAAUUUAAUCAAUGGUUUCUGACUAGUUUGGAUACACACACCAGCACUAUACGAAGUUUAAAUUCUCGGAAAUUUAUUGCAAAAAUGGUGGCGGUACGCGUACGUGCCUAUAUGCCGCCGCCGGUGCAUGACGAGGCGGAUGUUUUCGAGGACGUAGAAAGAGAUCCGAUCAUUACUGUCCGCGCUAGAUUACUUUACGAUGCUGUGGUGUUAUUUUUCAACGCUAUACGAAAUCAAAUCCGCAGCUCACCUUAUCAAGAGCCUAGAGUACGUUGUGAGCGUGGCUUUUGGCGUUUCGGAGUGAAAAUUUUAGAUCAGAUGAAACUUCUUACGGCACGUAACGUGACACCACCCUAUAAAACACAAAAGAUGCAAAUAAAUGCUUACCGAAGACGUGAUGAAUUCAAUUUAGAAGUUUACAAUCCAAUGCUGGAACGUAUUACACACAUUUGGAACAAAAAUCAAAGUUUGGUUUCUUACGAAAAAUUGGUCGAGGCAAAGGCAAUAAAAGAACAAAAAUACAAUGAGGGAGACGAUUUUACGCCAAAGCGUGUAAAAUACACAGUGUCGACGCGUGUCGGCGAACCUUACUUUAUGUGGCGAAAAGAGCCCGAGGGGGUGCAUUAUGAGGGCAAUGAACGCUUUGAAGGUUACGCCGUAGAUUUGAUAUACGCAUUGGCCGAAGAGUGUAAUUUUGAUUUCGUAUUCCAACCAGUGCCCGAUAAUAAUUACGGCAGCUACGAUAAGAGGACUGAUGAAUGGAAUGGUAUUAUACGACAAUUAAUGGAUAAUAAUGCUCAAAUCGGUAUUUGUGACUUAACAAUUACGCAGGCGCGUCGAACUGUGGUGGAUUUUACAGUGCCUUUCAUGCAACUAGGCGUUAGUAUUUUAUUCUACAAAGAACCACCACCACCUAAAAAGCUUUUUGGGUUUUUCGCGCCAUUUUCUUUGACGGUAUGGAUCUAUCUGGUGGUUACUUUAAUGGUAACAGCCUUAGCUCUAGUGGUUCUAGGACGAUUUUCUCAACCAGAUUGGAUAAGUGCUAUUGCGCAUGAGCCCAAUCCUAGUGAAUUGGAGAAUAUUUGGAAUUUGAGUAAUUCUCUUUGGUUGAAUGUUGGUUCGAUAUUAACUCAAGGUUGUGAUUUGCUACCGAGAGGUCCAGCUAUGCGUAUGUUUACCGCAUUUUGGUGGAUUUUUUCACUGCUAUUCUCUCAGACCUAUAUCGCUAAGUUGGCUGCCUUCAUUACCGCCUCCAAAUUGGAGAGUUCGGUAUCGAGUUUACACGAUCUCGUCGGUCAGAAUAAAAUACAAUUCGGUAUGCUAAAAGGUGGAAGCACAUCAUUUCUGUUUUCGGAUUCGAAUGAGUCUGAUUUUCGCGUCGCUUGGAAUAAGAUGGUCGCUAUGAAACCAGAUGCUUUUACUGCCAGCAAUAAAGAGGGCGUGGAACGUGUAAAACGUAGUGGUGGUCGUUAUGCUUAUCUUUUGGAGACUACUGCGCUACAAUAUUAUUUGAAUCGGAAUUGUGAGUUGAAGCAGAUUGGUGAACCCUUCAAUGAGAAGCAUUACGCCAUUGCAGUACCAUUAAAUGCACCAUUUCGUUCUAACCUCAGUGUAGGCAUAUUAAAGCUAAGCGAAAAGGGUAUGUUAUAUAAAAUAAAAAGUAAAUGGUUUAAUACAAACGAGACGAAUUGCAAUGCGGAUCCUAACGCUGCUGCAGAAGUUUCACAAUAUACGAUGGAAUCGGUCGGUGGUUUGUUUAUAGUAUUAGUCGGUGGCGUUUUGGUCUCUAUGCUAAUAGGCAUAUUAGAAUUUCUAUGGAACGUAGAACAGAUUAUAGUGCGAGAAAAUGUACCACCAAUGGUUGUGCUGAAGGCAGAGCUGAAGUUUUUUCUACGUUUCUGGCAGACACGUAAACCCUUGCGCACUUAUGCGGAGAGACGUGGCUCAACUUCGACAGGUUACUCAUCAUUUGAUCAAGCCGCAAGUACUUCAACUGUAAAAAAGAAGAAGAAGAAAAAGAAAUCUAAGAAAAGUAUCGACUGACUGUGGUUGAUAGUGGGUAUCUCGAAUGGGGGGUUGUCUAUAAUU